CGACCAAUCAUUCCCUCUCUCACACCUACGGUCGGCUUAUAUUUUCCGGCUCCACCUUCUGCCGCCCACCGCCACCCAUAUUCUGUAGGAACAGUCUUUAUUUCUUUAUGGUAUUAUCUCACCAUAGAAAUGACAUACACUUAUUUCAUCUUCAACCUCCUAUUCUCUAUGCUACUGGAGUGUGUCACGUUACCGACAUUGACAAACUAAAGAAAGAAAUCGCCUUUUCCCCUUUCUUUCUUUCAAGCACUUUCGUUGUAUUUCUCUAAAUUGGAUUGUCUCUUUACUGGACAACUUGGACUUCAUUUCUUAAUCAUCAUGCCGAAGUCUUGCUUUCUGAAAUUGAUAUGAAGCUGAAGCAUUGAAAUUAAAGAAUCUUUGUAGGCCUAAUUUAUCCAUUGAUAUGUGGCGAGUGGAACCCCUGGAAGCAGUAUGUGUGAUUAUUUAAUGCUUGCUAUGUGAACUGAAAAAGUUUUGCAUGUGCUGGUUACAAGGUUUUGGAGAAGCACUCUCAUGCAUGGGCAGGGCAUAAACUACUUAAGCUUAGGUGUGAUUUUGCUAAGCAUAUCAGGAUAAAUGUUGGGAAUGGGAGACAGACCUCAUUGUUCUAUGAAUUUUUGUUAGAAGAUGUUAAGCUGUGUGAUAAAUUCCUCAAGCUAUGAUAUAGAUUUGGGGUGCUAAGUUGUGUGUUGCAGAUCGGUGGCACAAUGGCAGAUUGAUAGCCGUGACUGUAACCCAAAUCAUAUGCCUGAAGUGCUUGGAGAAGAGAACAGAAAUCGCAUAAUUUGUCAAGACAAGUUUGCUUAUACAAUGAAAGAUCACUGCAUGACUUCCACUUUGAAAUUCCAUAGCUUUGCCCUUAAUAGAGAGUCAUUCAAGUCAGUUUAUUUGGCAUAAUCUUUAAUCUGAUUAUCUUUUUAAUGUGACUAACAUAUGAUAUGUUUCAUUUUUUUAAUGUUAAAGAUAUAAGUAUUUAUUUAUUAAACUGGUUAAUUAGUU